UUAGACCGAUCGUCAUUUGAUUUCAUUAGUUGAGAUGAAUCGAUCAUACGACUGUUAGACUGUAUUUAAUGGCAAUAUGGAAUUCGUAAAAAUUGUGAUUUGUUGUUUAAUUUUAAUAUCAACUUGUUUCGCUGAUGUGAAUACUACUUUUACUAAUUUGACGGAUUUGGAACAGCAGCUAAACGUAAAUAAACGGGAAAAACAGUACUCAUUAGAAGAUGAUCCCACAGAAGGCUCAGAGCAGAAGAGAGAUGGAAGACAAAGUACUCCCAAAAACAAUCAAAUUGAGCCUAAAGUAAACCCAAACGCUACAAAAGUACGUCUUUAUCCAAAAGUAAUAACUACAACACCAAAACCAACCAUGAAACAAGUGCUUACUAAACCAUUUCGAGCAGAAACAACAGCGCAAAGAAUUCCAAUAAAAAUACCUAUUGUUCUAAAAACAGCUAAAGUCCUGCCGACCCAAGCAAACGCUUUGCGAAUGAAGAUAUUGGAAAGUAAAUAUAAUGAAACGAUUGCUAAUCGAGAGAAACUGGCUUCGAAUACUAAUUCGCCUUCAACAUUUGUGCCUAAUGAGAGUCGUUCAAGUGAUGAUGUUAUUUUAACUAUUGAUGAUAUAACUAGAAGUAGUACAAAUUCAAGUGACACUAACAAUAAAGAUGCUGAGGAUGGUAACAGCAAAAAGUAUGAAGAGGAAAUUCCACCAGUUAAUAUCAAAAAACCAAUACAUUACUUCAUAGAUGAACCUGAGCCGCUACCACCAAAAACUCAACGCUUGCUUGACAUUGAUUACAAAGAAACUGAUCCAAAUAACAUGAAAGAGAUACCAAUAGGAAAGAAACCUAAAAAUAAACUGAAUAAGGAUGAAAUCAAAACUAAAAUGUCUUUUAAUGACUUGGACAAUGAUCCAGAAGUUACGAGGAUUUCUAAUGGGACACACUUGAUUAGUAUAAAGAGAAUUCGCGAUGACGACCGGGUACUUCGUGAUGGGGUGCAAACAAUGGCAACUGAGGAAAGAAUUAUUAAUAAGCCACCAAAGCCCAAACCAGUAAUAGUAAAGGAGACAGUACCUCAGAAACCAGAUAAUAAUAUACCAGUUGUAGAAGAAAAUAUUAUAGCUGGAGUUUUGUGGGAUGGUGCGAAUAAGGAGACAAAAGAUCAAAACUGCAUAACCAUAAGAAAUCACAACUACGCAGAAGUAGAGGAAAAAUCGCCUCUAUCAACACCGAUCUCCGUCCAACCGAUUUAUACCGAUUUAACCCAAGACUAUAUGAGAUACCUUCAAAAUUUCUAUUAUAAUCCUUAUAACCAAGCCAUUAACGAUCAAUAUCGAAGGAACUAUGGCUUAAUACAAAGCUCCCCAAAUAUUGAUUUAGUUGAUAAUAACGACUCUUGCCUAAAUAAUGAAGAAAAAAUCCAACCUUUCUAUCCGAAUGCUGAAUAUCAAAACUGCGUUACCGUCAAUGAAAUUCAACCACAAAUUGAACCAAAUGAAGAUAAUCAUUCAGAAAAUAGUGUCCAAAAUAGGAUUUGGAAGAAUUGGAAAGAUGUCGAAAUCAGAAUAAGAAACGCUAACACUGAUGAGCCAAUUGACAUAGAUAUAAGAGCUAUGAUCGAGAAUAGUGAUGACAUUUUAAAGAACGAUUUGGUUGAUAGUGCAUCAACGCCAUCUAUUAGACGAUACGGGAACUUACAUAACAGGAAUGGAAUCUUUUACCCAUGUUUCAAUCCAAGCAAUUCAGUAAAGAAUACGCAUUGAU